CAAACAGUUCGUCUUUUGUUUCCGAGAAUGACUCUCUUGCAUGUUAUGAUAAGCCCUAUAAAAAUAUAUGUAACAGUAUUUACAUAAUAUCGCUGUGUAGAUUCUGCCAUUGUGUUCGCCCUCUCGGUCCCGCUCAGUCGCCAUGGAGGAUCGAGUAUUGAAAGGAUUCGUGCUAAUCUGCGUUUUCGGUAGCGUCGUGUGCGAUCUCGAAGAUUUCUUCGGUAACUUUCCAGUUGAUGUUAAGAACGAAUUCAUUAGCGCUUGGGAUUCGUUGAUAGAUGCUAUCAAGCAACCGGUCAGAAUAAAAAGACUUGGAUCUGAUGGAAAACAUAAGACUUGGGCUAUUCCGGCUACAACGGCUUCGACCACAACUGUCCUGAAAACUAUAACCACUGAGCCAUCGAUCACAAAAUUAGCAAUACCAAUUCUGCCGGUACCUAGAUGGAGCUUUCUAGAGCGAUGGAGGGGUAUGGAAGUACCUAGGAUACCGGGUUUUGUGAAAGCCCGCCAUUUCACUGGACCACAACAAUACAAGCCGAGUCUGACCGACGAAGAUAAUUUCGGAGUAUUAAUGUUCAUUUGAUUAAUAGCAUUUUAUGAAUUUCAAAUAUUGCUAA